CUGAGUCAUUUCUCAGACGAAAAUGUUGCAAUUGCCUUUUCUGGUGGAGUGGACAGUUUACUAGUGGCAAUUGCUGUGCAUCUAGCAUGUUCAUCUUACCAAAACCUUGAUCUCAUCAAUGUUGCGUUCGUCCGGGGCUCUGAGCAUAAAACUAUCGUCACGGAUCGAGUACGCGCCAUUGCUGGAUUGACAUUUUUGCGUUCGAAGUAUCCCAGCAGACAAUGGCGCUUGAUUCAAGCUGAUGUGUCUAUGGAAGAAAUGGAAAAGGAUCGCGCUGAAUACGUUGUUAGGGCAGCUGCACCAGCACUUUCUGUUUUGGAUGAAUCCUUAGCUUGUGUUUUGUACUAUGCUAUCAGAGGUGCAGGUAUGGAUUACGACAACGGGGAGAAAGUACAAUCGCAAGCUCGAGUCUAUUUUGUCGGCAGUGGUGCUGACGAAUUGUUUGCGGGUUAUGCUCGUCAUAGGACGAGAUUCGAACGUGAUGGUGCCGAUGCAAUACCCGAAGUAAGUGAAUACCAAGGCCUUUGUCUUGAACGGUUUGAUGGUCCCAUGAUCCCGAAUGAUGUUAAAUUGUGA